UCAUGAAACUAUAACUCGAAAACUAAAAAUAACUGUUCGAAAAUAUUACAUGGGCACGCUCCCAGGAUCAGUCGAGCACUUUUUCCAAUUCCCAAAACGUUCGUCCACUUUUGUCACUUGGGCUUCGGAGUGUGCGAUCGCGUACAAAGUUGACGCCAUUUGCAACUGGGUGUUGUAUUGAAUGUUUCAGUGAAUACUGUCGAUUUUGCACAAUAGUGGCUCGUUCUCCUGCGGGCUUGUUCAAACAAAAGAUCUGCUUCUACAGAUAUACCUACGGUAUUGAAUGCCAAACAAAAGCCACGGGUUUAAGAAACGAAUGUUUUUUUUUUAAUUUUUCUAAGUGUUACCUACAAAAGCCAGCGAUCUUGCCGCAUUGUUUAUAUGCAUUCGAACCUUUGGACGUGCAACAUCCCCAAAAAAGACCUCAAUAUUAGUUAAGUUUUGUGUUAGUUGUUUCAGUUGAUAAACCGUCGCGUGUUGAGACUUGUGUUUCUUGCAUUUGUGGCAGACAGCAUGGAAGAUUUACUUCAGCUACCUAUCAGCAGUGAACAGCAAGUUAACUCACGAUGGUUAAAAUUAGAAAUUAUGAUCCUGAAAUGAUGGCACAAUCUAACUCAUUAUUCGAUAGUGAAGAAAACUCCUGCGAAGGGCUUAACUACGAUACGGAAACUACGCUAUGCCGGCGUCUUGAAAAAAUGGUGAACAACAAACUACUUUUAGACGUUACUUUUAUCGUUGGGCCUGAAAAACGACGCAUCUAUGCACACAAACAGUACUUGGUGACGGCUUCAGAGUUCUUCUACAAAAUGUUUUGUGGUAACUUCAUUGAAGCGCAACGAAAGGAAGUGGUCCUGGAAGAUGUCGAUGCAGAAUUAUUUUUAACAAUUUUACGCCUGGUGUACAGUAAGGAAGUUCAUUUGAAUUGGGACAACAUUAGUGCUAUUUACGAUAUUAUGCAACGGUUUUUGCUGAUGGACUAUUUUGACCCUUUGAUCAGUUUCUUGAAAAACCAGGUUGUUAACUUGGACACAGCAAUAAUGGUGUUUCUAAAUAACGAUCACUUUAACUUCAAGGAGGUCGACGAAAAGUGUAUGCACUAUAUACUAAACAACCCGUUUUAUCUCUUCAAAAGAGACGAGUUUACCUCAAUGUCGCAGGGAAGAUUGAUAAAAAUUCUCACAGCUUGGCGUAUAAACUGCACCACUGCCCAAUUGGAGCAAGCACUCGAUAAAUGGCUAUCUGAGAACAAGAGUUCUAACGAUAACGAGCUUCGGAAACUCGUAACGGAAAAAAUUCGUGCUAUAUAUGCGCACAAAUUACACUUAUUCUACGGAAAUUGUCCUUAUGAUAAUCAGACAACAGGAAAACUCGGAAUACGGCUUAUUUCGAGAAAACCGUUAGCUCUGUACGGUGUUGGGAUAUAUGCUCGCGCAUACGAAAAGGAAUAUAUAGCUAAGCUUGCUCUUUAUGAUGGGGAAUUAAAACUACGGGAAUGCGAAUUCAAAAUCUUCCCGAGCUUUGGGGACACAAUAGUGAAAGUAUUGUUUGAAGAGGUCGUUCUUGUGCAAGAUGUCACUUACCACAUGCAUAUUUCCAAUUUGAACAUGAUUCGAUACAGAGGCGCUCCUACACUAGCGCAUGAACAUAUUAAAAUACAUUUCAAUACAAUCGAAUCUGGCUUCCCUCACAUAGCGUAUCUACUUGCUAAAUAUUCUGAUUGCGUUACAACUACAGAAGGUGGAUCGCAGUCGUGCUGCAAGUGCCCUAAGAUUGCAUGUAACUAAUGCGUAGCUGACGGAAACUUCCUGCUUAAGCAGCCAAUUUUGGCAUGCUAAAGAUCGCUGCUUGAAUUGGCCUUCACAGUAGACAGCAUUGAACAGCAUUGAAGUUCCAGGUGGUCCUUCUAAAUAGCGCCUAAGCAGCAUCCGUAUGCCAGGGUGCCGGGGAUUAUUUUUCUUUUUGUAUUAUUUUGCUUGCUGCAUCAUCGAUGAAAUAAACAACAGGAUUUGUUUUGUUUG